AUGAAAGUAAUUCUCAAGACAAUUACUGGAAAGCAGCACGAGGUGGAUGUGGAGGCGACCUCGACGAUUCUCGAUGUGAAGAAGCUGCUGGUGGACGAAUACGAGCCGGCGUCGCUGCGGCUGUGUUUCAACGGUGCCGUGCUGGAGGACAGCAAGAUUCUGGCAGAUGCUGGAGUUAAAGACAACGACUUUCUUGUGCUCGCCGGCCGCAAACGAAAGAUCCCGAAACCGGCGAGCAUGCCAUCGGCGGAGCCGCAAAAGACGGAGGCGGCGCCUGAGUUUAGCGCACCUCUAUCUGCUACUGCACCACCGCCGGCGAUGCCCACGUCUGCUUCCACCACGACGUCCACCGCCGACUCAGCUGCCCCCGCUGUUCCUGCUGCCACUACAGCUCCAGCUACAGCUCCAGCCCCUGCUCCAGCUCCAGCUCCAGCUCCUGCUCCUGUCGCUCCUACGCCCCCCGCUGGCUCUGCUAUUCCUGUUGCCUCCGCAGCAAGCAUCUAUGGUGUGGCCCCCAACCUGAUCGACGAGGUGGCGGCAAUGGGCUUCGAGGACCGCAAUCAAAUUGCCUUGGCGCUACGCGCCGCCUUCAUGAAUGUCGAUCGCGCCGUGGAGUACCUCUUUGACGGCAUUCCUCCUCACCUUGUGGAGGAGCUCACGUCCCACGGUCUUCCUGCCGCACCCGCCGAGGCCCCAAGAGCAUCGAAUCCGUCUGCAUCUUCUGCAACCGCGGCUGUACCCGUGUCAACUUCUCUUGCUUCCGCAGCUACGCUAUCCACCGCCGCGUCGGAGAUGCGCGACGCCCUCUCGCGCAUCCCACAGUUUGACGAAAUCCGUACCCUGUACAACCAAAACACGGACACGCUGCCAGUGGUGAUGCAGCAGAUUGCGCUGCGGCACCCGGCCGUGUACGAGCAGAUCGAGCGCAAUCCGGAGGUGUUCCUCUCCAUCAUGGGCGAGGCAGGGCAGCCAGGGACUUCGAAUGCUCCACCCGGGUCCGUCGCGUCGCCGACGGCAGAGGCUGUCGUGGGUGACACGGAAGAGGGCAGCUUCAUGAACGAACUGCAGGCUGGAGUCGAGCUGACUGCCGAGGAUCGCAUGGCGGUUCAGCAGCUCGUUGAGUUAGGAGGUGGCAUGUGGGACGAGCAGAGCGCUGUGCUAGUCUACCUUGCUACCCAGCGCAAUCAAGAGGUAGCGGCGAGUGUGUUGUUUGAGCACGGUGGUGUUCCGGCAGAGUUGUUGGCGGAGAUUGCCACCCAAAUAGCCGACGAGGAGGCGGAGGACUACGAGGAUGAGCAGUGA